AGAAACUGUGGGGUUCACUCUUCACAGCCUGCACUGCUUAUAGCCAGCUUGGGCAUCAUCAAUAUCGUGGUCCCCUACACAGAUCGACCCUUCUGCUGUGUGUGAAUGCAAGUGCUGAUGUGAAGAGUGAGCGAUUACUGGUGUACCCUUCUGAGAUCCCUUGGCAUUCGAGGAACAGAAUGUGAACAAGGCCAGGCUGCCUGUCAUGUGGAAGACUUUGCAAAAGCUAGGGUCACAAGGCUGUUGUUCAUGGAACAGCUGCAUGGGGUGUUUGCGUCCACAGUUAACUGCCUGAAAGGCGCCUUCUUCUGCUGACAGUGCCCCAGCACACCUUCAGCCUUGGUGGAUGAGAUGGACGCUGAGUCAGGUUCCUCUCCAGCAUGACACCUCUUCUGCUGCUUGUGGAUCAGCAAAUGAUCUAUACCUUCAAGAAGUUGUGCACAAAGGCACUCUUCACCUUUGUAUACAGGAAGCUGUACGCAAAAGCAUCUCUCCACUGAAGAGAUGACCUUGACUCUGAAAAGGCUCUGGAAGAAAUAUUUCAAUGCCCUCUACUGCAUCGGCCCACGCGUGCAGUAUCUUAGACACAGCCUGCAGCACCUGGGCAGAAUGUGUUCCUCAGCGUGACUGAGGGGUCUGAGGCACAGGCAGUGGGGGAGACAGUGCCAUGGGCUGCAGACAAGAGGGGCUUGUUGAGGAUCCUAAGGAGGAGCUGACAAGAGAACUUGCUGAACCUUAGUGUUCCACUGAUGAAAAGAAGGAUGGAGGAGUUAGCAGUGAUGUGAUAAAAUCCAUCACAGAAAACUGGACCGAGUGCCUGGAUUUCUUUAGAAGCACCACUCCAACAUAACUAACGAACAGUGCUGAAUCCGGUGAGGGAUAACAUGGUCUCAUUUCGGGAGGGUUAUGCAGUGAAGGAAAAAGGCAACAUUAGACAGGAUUUUUGUCAAAAUGAACCCUGCCGCUGAGAGACAAAAGGAGAGGAGAGCCCUGAAGGAGAUCGCCACUGUCCUUCCUGUCCUCCGUGCUGGAAGUCGCCUCAGGCAAGGUGGUGAUAGUGGACUGGAUGGGUUAGGAGGACCAGGUGUACAACUAGGAAGCCCCGAUAAGAAAAAACGAAAGGCAAAUACACAGGGACCUUCUUUUCUUCCAUUGUCUGAGUACGCACCACCACCGAAUCCAAACUCUGACCAUCUAGUGGCUGCUAAUCCAUUUGAUGACAACUAUAACACUAUUUCCUACAAACCACUGCCUGCAUCGAAUCUGUAUCUUAGCCCUGGUUACCCUGGCUUUGGAGGGUACAGCACAUUCAGGAUGCCACCUCACGUCCCCCCUAGAAUGUCUUCCCCGUACUGCGGCCCUUACUCACUUAGGAAUCAGGCACACCCAUUUCCUCAGAAUCCCCUGGGCAUGGGUUUUAAUCGGCCUCAUGCUUUUAACUUUGGGCCACAUGAUAAUUCCGGUUUUGGAAAUUCAUCUUAUAAUAAUGUACUAAAUCAGAAUGUAAAUAUGCCUAAUCAACAUUUUAGGCAAAACCCCACUGAAAACUUUGGUCAGAUUCCUCCACAGAAUGCUAGCCAGCUGUCUAAUUCUGAUUUGGCAUCUAAUUUUGUUCCUGGAAAUAAUUCAAAUUUUGCUUCUCCAAUAGAAUCUAAUCAUUCUUUUAUUCCACCCCCAAACACUUUUGGUCAAGCGAAAGGACCCCCUCCAAAACAAGACUUUAGUCAAGGAACAACCAAAAACACUCAUCAAAAUUCAGCCGCUCAUCCACCUCACUUAAAUAUGGAUGACACAGUGAACCAGAGCAAUAUUGAAUUAAAAAAUGUUAAUAGAAACAGUGCAGUGAGUCAAGAGAACAGCCGUUCAAGCAGCGCCGAAGCUACUAAUAACGGCCCCGCGAACGGGACGCAGAGUAAGCCGCGCCAACCCCGAGGCGGGGCCGACGCGUGCCCGGCCGAGAAGGGCAGCAAAGCCUCGGACGAGCUCGAAGUGCAGCCUUCUGACCCCUGA